AUGCAGGAUUUGGAACGGUACAGACCGCAAGUAGUAAUGAAAGCAAGUUUACGAUUAUUAAAGGCUAGGUCGGAAAAACUCGAUUGUUAAACACGAAAUUUGCACCGCCAGGUUGGAUAAGAGAGUCAAACAACGAUGACGUCACUCCUGAAUAAAGCUUGGUUGUUACCACCGAGACAGUUGAUUGUACAACCAAAGAGAUUCCGCGGGAAAAUAAAUAUCCAAAAGCCUAAACCACCGCACUAUGAACGAGCGAGGGUCAUGAAAUUUGUAGAACCUGUCUAUGCAAGCUGGAAAAGAGGCAAAUCUUUGGACGAACUGUGCAAAAAACCAGACCAAGUAGGUUUCCCAAAGCCAGACAACCCCCUAGAGCGAAUUAUUGCUCGUGAGGCUUAUAACUGGCUCAGCAGUUCGCGAAUGGUAGCGUUUUUCCAUUUAAAUCCAAUGACAACGGACGAUAGAUUCAAAUUAGCUGUUGCUCUCAAGAAAGUUAAUAUGUAUAUAAAAGUUUACGGGCGUGAUACCUUAGCGAUAGCUGUAGAGAACACCCCAUAUAAGGCUAUUCUCCAGCUGUUCAUCUCUCACAACAUCAUUGUGUUCAGUCCAGAACCAAAUGUUAAACAGCUAUUAAAAAUUGUCCGCAAAGUACCCUCAGUUGUCCUUAUGGCUGGAAUACUCGAUGGAAAGUUUGUCGAUAAAAAAGAGUUUGUGAAUUAUGCUUCACUUGGUGAUCUCACAGCAGUGAGAACAGGACUUGUACAGGUGCUGCAAAAUGCAGGCGGUGUAAACCUCAACCGUCAGUUGACCCAUCAUCAGUCAUUGCUUGUUUCUCGUUUACAACAAAUUUCAUCUCCAGACUCAACUGAGGACAAAGCUGAACCAACAACACCCACAGCGGACGCCGCUGUUUGAUACUGCAGUUCGUAAAUAUAAUUUAUUCAUCAAAGAGUUACAUUAAUUUUUCAAUAAAAAUCACUCAAAGAUACAAAAAUGUAGGAACGCAAUUGAAAUGAUGUUGUAUGUAUGUUUCUUUCAUAUGCUGAUAUAUGAAUAUUAGUAUGUAAAUAAUGAUAUCGUUUCAACGUGAUAAUUCUGAAGAAGAUAACAGUUUUCUUUUCAUUCUGUUCUUUAAAUUAUCAAAGCUUUAUCCCUGAAGAGAAUAUUUACAUAAAUAGUUCAUGUAUAAAUACAAUGGUAUAUCACGUU